AUGCCACUGAAAGUUAUUGUCGUCGGUGCAGGUCUUGGAGGGCUGGCGACUGCCAUUGCACUCACCAGAGCUGGACAUGAUGUCGAUGUCUUCGAAAAGUCAUCUUUUCACAAUGAAGUUGGUGCAGCCAUCCACCUUGCUCCGAACGCGACAAGAGUCCUGAAAAGUUGGGAUUGCGAUCUGGAGUCAAUGGACCCCAGUCCAUGCAAUCAUAUUAGCCUUUGGAAGGCUAGCGGAGAAUUCGUUACAGUAGCGGCAGUGACGAAGGAUCUCCAGGCGAAGCUAGACAUCAAAGACGAGUGGUUGCUCGUGCAUCGCGUUGAUCUGCACAACAAACUACGGGAACUAGCGGAAAAGGGGUUUGAGGCUAGGAAGCCAAGGCUUCAUUUGUCUUGUGGUGUGAGUAGUGUGGACGUGCAAUCUGGCAAGGUAAAGCUGUAUGAUGGCAGGGAAUUCCAAGCUGAUCUAAUUAUAGGUGCAGAUGGCGUACAUUCUAAGACCGUGCGAGAAGUACAACCUGAGUCCCAAAAGAGAGUCAGCACUGGACAAAAUUGUUUCCGCUUUCUUGUCCCUACAGAAAAGGCCAUGCGCAACCCGUUGACUAAGAGUCUCAUUGAUCGGGUUGGCUUGGAAUCACUUAAUACUUUCGCUACAGAAGAUUGUCGGAUCAUCUUGUACCCUUGCCGGUCUGGAAAACUCCUCAAUCUUGCAGCGAUAUAUCGUGGAGGAGAUGAAGAAGUCGAAGAAUCUUCCUGGCUAAAUUCUGGUAGUAAGAGCAACCUUUUGGAAGUGGUCAAGGGCUUCAGCCCUGAGCUGCAAGAGCUAUGUAACUUGGCCGAAGAUGUAAAGCUAUGGAGCCUCGCAUCUAGGGAUCCUCCGACUGUUUUUCAUCGAGGUAGGCUUGGUCUGAUUGGCGAUGCGGCGCACCCUACGCUUCCCCACCAGGGACAAGGAGGUGCUCAAGCUUUUGAGGAUGCGGCGGCGCUUGGAGCGCUGUUCACAGCAGACACAAAACCUGAACAGAUCGAAGAGAAGCUGCGUCUCUACAAUGAGAUCCGCUACAAGCAGUCUGUCACUAUCCUGUUUAUGUCUAGAGUGGCCGACGGUGAGCGUAAACUGGUCAUGGACGAGUUGCACCGAUUCGUUCCCGAUGCAGAAUUGCCUGAAAACAUGUGGCUUUUCGCCUGGAACUCAUACCCUGCACGGGCAGCGGAAAAGGCAUUAUCGCUCGUGGAAGCCCAUUAA